AUGAUCUUCUGCAUCAUCUUGUUUUUGAGAUUCAAUGAGCAGUUUGUGUCAACCUCUGAGCCUGUGGCUUAUCAAAUAUUUAAGAAGCCUGGAGAACUUAUGAUUGGAGGUUUGUUCCCUUUUCACACUGAAGUUAUUGACUUUGAAAACCACUGGAAACCAGAACCUCUAAAAUGUUCAAGCUGGAAUCCUACAGGAUUUCUCCAGGCUUUGGCAAUGAAAUUUGCUUUAGAAGAAAUCAACAAUAGCACCACCCUACUUCCAGGAGAAACUUUGGGCUAUGAAAUCUAUGACACUUGUCUUAACUCCCUGGUUAUUUUGCAUCCUGUACUGCUGUUCUUAGCUAAGAAUGGGACAGAAGAUGUGGAAGUGAGCUGCAAUCUAACAGAGUACAGAACCCGAGUUCUGGCUGUGAUCGGUCCUUCAUCCACGGAGGUGGCCACUGUUGCUAUGAAGAUGUUCAGCACUUUUUUAAUUCCACAAAUCAGUUAUUCAGUGACUGCUGAUCUAUUUAGUGAUAAAAGUGUUUAUCCGACCUUCUACAGAACUGUGCCAAGUGAUAAGAAGCAAGUGUAUGGCAUGGUUACAUUGAUGACGUUCUUCAAAUGGAACUGGAUAGCUGCAGUAGCUAGUGAAGACAAUUAUGGUGAAACUGCUCUUCAACAGCUCUCUGCUUCUGGAAUGUCUAGUGGAAUCUGCAUUGCUUAUGAAGGCCUAAUUCCUACAUACCUCUCCACUUCCGAGACAAUUGCUGUUAUUGAGGAUAUUUUAUACAGGAUUGAACAGACCGAUGUUAAAGUAGUGCUGGUGUUUGCAUCAUUGACCCAGUCCGUAGCACUCUUCAAGGAGGUUAUUGUACGCAACAUGACAAGGGUAUGGAUAGGAAGUGCCUCCUGGGUCUUAUCACAAAGUAUUCUUUCCUUGCCAGGCAUUGAACGUGUUGGCACAAUCAUUGGGUUCUUUCCAAAUGCACACACUGUUUUGGGAUUUGAUGAGUUUUUAAGAACUACAAUCUCUCAGUACCUACAACAAGUCAAUGGUGGCUAUCAAAGCAUUGCUCUUGAUCCUGAUAAAAUCCCUAUCAUGUUGAACCCACUCACAGCUUUGCAUGCACACAGUGUAUACACAGCGGUCUAUGCAGUGGCCUAUGCAUUACAUAAGCUUCUUAACUGCACCUCUGUGAAAUGCAACAAAGAAGACUCUAAAAUCUAUGCAUGGAAGUUGCUAGAGCAGGUGAAGAAUGUGGACUUUUCCAUCUUUAACAUUUCAUUCAAGUUUGACAGCAAUGGAAAUCCUAAUACUGGCUAUGAUAUAGUCACCCAUAGUAUGUCUGGAAUAGGCUUCACCAAAAUUGGAUCUUACAACCAGGACAUGGAAUUGAACAGAACUCUCAUUAACUGGGGAACCCCUAUGAAUAUGGUUCCAGAGUCUCAGUGUUCGGGAGAUUGCUUACAAGGACAAGUGAGAAGAGUGAAAGGAACCCAUUCCUGUUGUUUUGACUGCAUUGAUUGUCAAGAAGGAAUGUUUCAGUCUAUUGAAGAUGAAUAUCAAUGUCAGCCAUGUCCCGUGGGUCAGUGGUCUAAUGUACGGAGCACCAGCUGUAGCAUACCAACUUAUAUGUAUUUACAAUGGAGUCACCUCUCUGUCAUAUUUCUUCUUCUGCUAUCUUUCGUUCUCCUAUGUCUUGUCCUGGGAACCAUCAUUCUCUUCUUCCAACACAGGCAUAGUCCACUGGUCAGAGCCUCUGGAGGUCACAUGUGCUCUUUCACUCUUCUUUCUUUGUUGGCUGUCAAUCUCAGUAUCAUCCUUUUUAUUGGUAAACCUGCUGAUUUGGUGUGCCAGUUGCAGCAACCACUUCCGGCUAUGGGUUUUACGUGUUGUCUGUCGACUUUCUCAAUUAAAGCCCUCCAAGUUAUGUUGGUAACUGAUUUUAAAGAUGUUCCCACAAAAUAUAUCCAAUGGUUAAAGACCAUAGGAACAUGGGUCUUCGUGAUUUUUAGUAUUGUCAUCCAGGGGUUGUUUUGUACAUGGUACAUGCUCACUGCACCUUCUUUGUAUCAAAAUGAACAGGUGACUUUCCUCUAUAAGUACCUCAAGUGUGAAAUAACCAAUGUUUUCUGCUUCUUCUUGAUGUUUGGAUACAAUGGAAUACUUGCUCUUAUCUCCUUUAUGUUAAAUUGUGUAGCCCAAGCUCCACCUGGUCAGUACAACCUGGCAAGAGAUAUCACAUUCUCUGCCUUGGCAUAUUUGCUGAUAUGGAUUGUCUUUGUUCCUGUCUAUGCUGAGGUCACAGAUGGGAACCAACUUUUGCUUCAAAUGAUUGUGACUCUGUUGAGUUCCCUUGCAUCCUUGAGCACUGGUUGUGGGUAUCCUCUGGCAGCAAAUAUGUCCUGGAGGGCCCUUGCCUCUCUAAAGAAAGCUUCAUCACUGGAGCAGUUCCUCCGUGCCCAAAGUUUUAAUCAAUAUGAAUUCAUGGCGCUUCUUGCUAUGAAGUUUACUGUUGGUGAAAUUAACAACAGCAGCAACAUUCUGCCCAAUGUCAGUCUGGGGUAUGAAAUCUAUGACACCUGUCAUGAUGUAAAAGUCAUCCAACGAGCAGCCUUGAUGUUCCUCACUGAAGGAAAUGACUCUGUGGUCCAGGUUCUUUGUAAUUACACCGAUUACAAACCAAAGGUUGUGGCUGUGGUAGGACCAUCCACAUCAGAUAUGGUAAUGGCCACUGGGAAGAUGUUCAGCUUUUUCCACUUACCCCAGAAUACAUAA